AUGUUUCCUUCUAUUCAAAUGCACAACACUGAUUGCCACUGCACCAGAUGCAAUAAUAGUGAUCAAGGAGUUUCCCAAGUAUCGAGACGUACUGCUCAGCAUCAUAAUAAAAGAGCUAGAUUUGAAGCUGAAAAGAGAAGCAUGAAAGUAGAUACUGAAAUAAUCCCAACGUAUCAAUCUGAUUCUGUGGAAGCAAUGGAUGGUCAGACCAACUCACCUAUUUUGGAUACCGUCUCAACGUUUGACAAUGACGUCUUUGUUGGUAAUGACUACAAUGGUGAUGAGUCUGACACAACUGAUGACAAUGACAGUGAUGACAAUGGCGAAGAAGACACUGCCAAGAUUUAUGUUGGAGAAUUUAACAAUGAGGUCCCUUUUGCUGCUUCUGGUAUACCCGAGAAUCCAGUGCACAGAUUUAUUGCUACUUUUACAGUACUUUUUGCAUCUUGUUAUGUGGUCAAUAAGGGUUCUGUUGUCUUGAUUGAGUUUAUCAACGAGCUCUUGAAAAUUUAUGGACAAGAUUUCCAACUUCCCAAAAGUCUGGCUGGGCUACAUAAAAUGACUGGCUUUUCGUCUAUCACCAAAGGCAUCAAGUGA